AUGAGUGAAUAAUAAACACCUAAUCGAGGGAGAUUUUUAUCACCAUAACCAGGAAAAUAAUAAUCAAGAGUUUAUUCAGAAAGUCAUAUUAUCAUUCCUAAUGACAAGAUGAAAAAAUCUAGUGCUGAUGGAUCAAGUGUAAGAGUUAUUAACUCAGUAAAUAAUAAUGUUAAUCCUUUAGCCUAAUGUUGCUAUGGCAUAAUCAGCUGUAGUAAAUUAAUUAGAGUACUUUUAAAUGCCUAAUGGAUAAAUAUAACCAAUGAUAACAUCAAAGAUAGUACCUACUUAUGUUAGACCUUAAUAAAGUAAUUAUUAUAAAAUUAUUGUUAGCCAUCAUCAUUAAGUAAGAUGGAGAUGGAUCUGACUAGGACAAACUAAAUUAACUGCGAAUAGAAGUGGAGUAAUGGAAGGCAAGAUUCUUUGCUUUAUAAAUUACAAGCGGAGGUUCAGGAUUAGAAGAGCUAGUAAUUAAAAAAAAUUAAGUUUUUUAGACUGGAAUGUAUGAAAUGAGAUUAAAGAUAUUAUCAGAUGAAAAUGGUAAAUUGAUAGCAUUAAUUAAACAACUUAUUAAUGAAAAUGAAUAGAAAGAUUUAGCAAUUGCUUAAAGAGAUAAUAAAAUUUAUUAACUUGAAUUAAAUUAACAUGAACAUGAUGCACUUCAAGAAUUACUUAAGAAAAAAUAAGAUGAAAAUUUAGAAGUAAUAAUUAUUUGAUUUUUCAGUUAAGAGCAAAAUUAUAAGGAUUAGAAGAACUUUUAAUAGAUGCAAGAAAAUAAGAAAUUGAAAAUUUUGAAUUACAUAGUAAGAUCAAGAAUCUAGAAAAUGAAUUGGCAAUGUGGAAAGAUAAAUUCAAGUUAUCUGAAGAAGAUAGAAAUAGAUUAUUAUAAGAAUUAAGAGAAUUGUUAGAGAGAAUGAAUUAAUUGAAUUUAGAUACUGUUAAGAGAGGUCAAUUAUCUACAAUGGAUUUAUUAGAAGAUGAGAAUAAGAAAUUAAGAGAUUAAAUUAAUUAAAUAUUAAAUGAUUUAGAUUAAUGGAGAAAAAAGGCUUUGACAUUAGAAUUAUAAGUAUUUGAUCUAUAGGUUCAAGUAACUGAUUAAGAUAAUAAUAAUAAAUUAUUAGUUAAAGAGAUUGAAAGAUUAAAUUAAUAACUUGCAUCAAAAUAAUAAGAAAUAGAAAGAUUAAAAACUAAGUAAUAAUUAAUUAUUAAUUAGUCUUUAAUAAGCUGAAGAUCAUAUCAAAGAAUUAUAAGGUUUGAAAUAAUAAAUUUAAGAGAAAUAAAGAGUCAUUGAUGAAUUAAAAAGAAAAAAUGAUGAUCAAGCCAAAUAAAUUCUAGAAAAUGAGAAAUUGAAAAAAUAAUUAGAUUAAAUUAGAGGUUAAAAUUAAGAUUUGUAAAAAUAGAAUGGUGUUUUGAAUUAUUAAAUUGAUCAAUUAAAUAGAACACUUGAAAAUAAAUAGUAAGCAUAUGAUAAACUAAAUAAUAAAUUAAAAUUUGUUGAAAAUGAUAAUAAUACUUUAAGAUAAUAAGUUUUGGAAAUAAAUGAAUUAUAAAUUGAAAAAUAAAGUUUGUUGUCAGAAUUAUCAUCUUUAGAUAAAGAACUUAAAUUAAAGAAUGAACAAUUAACUAAUGUUGAAAAAGAAUUAUAGAAUUUAUAAGAAAAAUUACAAUAAUUAAGAAUUCUUGAAUUAGACUUAAAUAGAGCUAAGUCUUAAUUAGACAUGAAGGAUAGAGACAUUGGUGAAUUGAGAAAGUAGAUUAAAGAUUUGACUGUUAAAAACUUUGAAUUAGAAUAAAGAUUAAAAGAAUUGAUAUCUAAAGAAACAGAAUAUUUAAAGAUUUUCUAAUAAUGUGAAACUUAUAAAUCAUUAAAUGAUCAACUUAAUUUAUAAUUAGCUCAAUUAGAGGCAGAAAAUCAAUAAUUAUAAUCAUAAGUUGAUGGAUUAGGAGAAUUAUAAAGUUAAUUGAAAGUAUUAUAAUAAAAAUAUGAAUAAACACUUAAAAUUAAUUCAGAUUUAAGUUCAAGAAAUUAAUAAUUAUAAUAAUAAUUCUAAAAUAUUUAAUAAUAAAAAAAUGUUAAUAAUUUAAGAGAUAAUUAAAUUAAUAUUGAAUUAUAAAGAAAUAAUACACUUUUAAAUUAAAAAUCUUAAUAAAUUGAAGAUUUGAGAUUGAAAUUAGCAAAAGCAGAAUAAUAAAUUGAUACUCUCAAUAAUUAAUUGUAAAACAAAUAAUAAGAAUUAGAUAAUUAGAUAGUGUUAAAUGCAAAAUUAUAAGAUAGAAUCAAAGAAUUGGAAUCUGAAUUACUUAAUCUUAAGAAAACUAUUUAAACUUUAUAAGAUUAAAACAAUUCAAUCAAAAAUGAUCUUCAUCUCUAACUCUAAGAAUUAAGAGAAGAAAUACUACGUAAAUAAGAGGAAAUCAAAGCUAUUUAAAAAUUAGCUGAUUAAUACAAAGAAAAGUAUUUGGAAAAUGAUCGUUAAUUAGCUGAUUUGAAGGGACUUUAAAGAAAAUUAAAUGAUAUUACAAUAUAAAAGAAUUAGUUAGCUGAUUUAAAUACAAAUUAUUAAGAUUAAAUAAGUAAAUUACAAAGUGAAAAUAGAUCAUUAUAAAUUAAAAUUUAAGAAACACUUUUGUUUGAAGAUUAAAAUAAAUAAUAUGAAGCAAUAAUUGAAAAAUUAAAGGCAGAAAAUACAUUAAAAAGUAAAGAAAUUACAGAACUUAAUAUUUAAUUACCAACAUAUAUAUAACAAGUUUCUGAUUUAGAGAAGAAAUUACUAAGAACAGAUUAAUAAUUCUAGAUCUAUAAGAAUGAAGUAGAGAGAUUGAGACAAGAAAAAUAAAAUUUAAUAAAAGAAAUUGAAGAACUUAAGAGAAAGAAUAAGAAUUUAGAAUAAAAAGUUAAUGAACUAAAUCAUUUAUAAGAAUUAAUUCCUUAAUUAGAAUAAAAAGCUAAUAAAUUAUAAAAUUAAGUAGAUAAACUAUCAAAAUAGAAUAUAGAUUAUAAUGAUUAAGUAAAUCUUUAAAAUGAAUAAUUAAGUUAACAAUAAUUGUAAAUUAGAACCUUAUUUUAAAUAAAAUCAAAUUUAUCAUAAUUGGAAUCUAAUUAUUCUUUAGUAGUCUAAUAAUUAAAUGCUUAGAGAUUAUAAUCUGUAAAAUUGGAAGAAGCAUUUUUAAAUGAGUAAGAAUAACAUUAAAAGACUGCUGAUGAAUUAAAGAAAGCUACAAAAGAAUUAGAUCAAUUAAGAAAUAAAAUUGAAUAAUUAGAGAAAUUGAUAAAAGAAUUGGAAGGAAAAAUAAUAAAAGAUAGAAUAUUAGAAUAAGAAUUAAAAGAAGCAAUAGGGUUCAACCUUACUUUGGAUACAAAACUUAAUCAAGUAAGAUAAGAAAAUGAAUCUUUGAAAAAUGACAUUGUUUAAUUAAAAGAAGAAUUAGAAUAAUGGAAAGCUAAAUAUUUAUAAAAAGAUAAUGAGGUUAAGACAUUGUAAGUGUAUAAAGCUGAAGCUAUAUAGAUGAGAUUAAUAAAUGAUGAAUUAACAGAUAAUUUCAAUAAAUUAACAAAAUAAUUGAAAGCAAUAACUUUAGAGAAAUAAUUAAUGGAAGAAGAAUUAUAGCAUUAAAUUGCAGAUUUGUAAUAGAGAAUAGCAGAAUUAGAAUAAUAAGUAGCAUAAAUUGAACCAUUACAAACUUAAGUUAAUGAUUUAUAAUAAUUGGUUAACAAAUUAUAAGGUGAAAAUAAAUAAAUAGCUAAAAAAUUAGGAGAAGCUUAAACUAAAGUUAAAGAACUUGAAAGUAAAAUAGAAGCAUAUGAAGUUAUGGAAAAGGAUUAUUAAAAAUUGUAGGCCAAUUAUGCUGAAAAGUAUGUAUUUAUUUAAAUAUUUUAUAGAGCUUAAGAUUUGAGAAUGACAAAAGAAGAUUUAGAUAAGACCACUUUAUAAUUGGAUAAAGUGACUAAGGAGAAAGAGAAUUUAGAUAUGAGAAUAGCAAUGUUGGCAGCAGAAAUUGAGAGAUAAAAGCAUUUAAAUAAAAAUAAAUAAGAAAAAAUAGAUGAAUUAACUAAUUAAAACACAGAUGUAUUAUUAAAUAAUUAAAAUAAAUAGUUAUCAAAUGUUGUUGCUUAACUUGAACCAUUAGAUCCUGAAAAUACACGAUUAUCAGAGUAAAUAUAAGAAAUGAAGAAAAAAGCAGAUUAAGAUUAAUUAGAUUUAAUGAAGAAAGAUGAUGAAAUUAAUAAAUUAAAUAAUGAAGUUUAUGGAUUAUAAAAUAAAGUAGCAUUGCUUGGACCAGAAAUAGAGAGAGCUAAAUUAAAAUAUAAUGGAGCUUAAAAUACAAUUAAGGAACUAGAAGAAAAAUUAUAAGAUUAUGAACAUUUAUAAUAAGAAUUAGGCAAUUUGGAUAAUGCUUUAAAUUAAGCAGAAGAGAAAGUGUAAAAUUUAGAGAAAGAAAAUAAUACUCUUCAUUCAACUUUAACUGCAAAAUCUGAUGAAUUGAAUUAAGUCAAAGCUAAGUAUAUUAAAUUAAUAAUUUAGUGUCAAUGACCUUUAAAACUAAUUGAAUUUAUUAAAUGAAUAACUUAUAAAUUAAUAAUAAUUAGAGAAUGAAUUGUAAUAAAGAGAUCAUGAAAAUUAAUAAUUGAAAGAUAAGAUUGGGCAAUAAUAAUAAUAGAUAGAAUAAUUAGAAUAGAUUAAAGUAAUAAAUAUAUUGAUAAAAUUAGUAUGAUAAUGAAGGUAAGAUAGCUAUGUUAGCAACUCAAAUUGAAGCUUUAAAAUAUAAAUACUAAGUAGCUGAAAAUAAAUUAAAAGAACAAGAAGAAAUAAUUGGAUAGUUAAAUGAAGAUUUGGAUAAUUUUGACAAACAAAUUUAAGAAUUGGAAGGUGAAAAUCAAGAUUUAAAAGCUAAAAUGUAACAGUAAUCUGUUAGAGCUUAUUGAUACAUUC